AUGAGGGAAGUGGUCCAACAUGGUAGAGCUUCGAAGAUGUCAAUUACCAAACAAACAGGAUUUAAGCCAUUUGCCGGGGAUCUCGGAAUGCUUCCGGUGUUGUCUAUGGUCGCGAAGUUUUGUCGUAAUGGAGAAAUUCGGAGAGACACAAUUGAGCUGAUGCAGUUGGAGCCUAGAAGAACUGGCAUUUUCGACAGCAUGCUUUCGGUCAACAUCUUAGAGUGGUUGAUCGAGAAGGAAGAGAAGGGUGCUGAUGAGUAUGGAUUUAUCCCAGAGGAAAGCCGAGUUAGGAUUUUGAGAAUUGAUACCCUCGAUGAAGAAAACUGCAGCACGGGAGAAAGAGAGGUUACCAUUGUGUAUGGGAUGAGGGACGGGAGCAGCGAUAGGAAGGUGUAUGUUGGGAGAGAUGUCGUGAAGUGGGAUCCGGACAGUGACAGUGAUAAAUGCAAGCCUGGGGACAAAACCCCAAAUUCUACUGUGGUUAGGCGUUGUUCUGCUUGUCAUGAUUCUCGCUGAUGGGACCCCUGAGUCUCACCCGAACCACUUCUCAGGUUAAGCAAGGGAGGAGCAACGAAAGUGGCGGAAGAACGCACUGGACACUUGCUAUCAGGUCUUGGGAUGAACGAGGCCGGUACACAUAGCACCACGGCUUGA